UAUUCAGUUUCAAUCAUAUUUGUGAAUACAUUUGGUAUUUGAAAUGUGGUCUGUAGUAGAGUUCAUUGAUGAUAAUUCUGUUGAAGUGGUACCGGCCUAUUGGCUAAACAAAAACACAUGCGCUUGGCCGAAAAGAAAUUCAAAAAAAUUCAUUCAGAAAAAGACCAAACCAAAUGAAAUUGAGUUUGAUUUUUUAAAGGCUCGUAAAAUGGGAAAAGAUAGAGAUAGCUAUACUUUAGCAAGGGAAAAGGCUAAAAAGGCAGAGUAUACAUCCGACUUAUCAACAACACCAACCAAGCAAAAAUACGAUAAUAUGAAACCUACAUUAAAAACUAAAAAAAAAGAUAAAUGUCAACAAAAAGAAAAUAGUGUCUUAUGGAAUCCAUCUUCAAGUGAAAGUAUUGUUGAUGACAAUUAUAAUACCAACCGAGAAUCAAAUUUAAGUCCUAUGGCAGAAAGUAUUCUAGUAUUAUCUGGUACGCCAAGUUCUCCAGCUAUACAGCUAAUCCCGACAAGAUUACCUUCAAAAAUAUCUAAUAGUUCUCAAAGCACUGUUAUUGCCGUAAAAAAAAAAAAUUAAAUUUCAAUAAAACAAGUCAUUCUCCAAGUCCAAUUUCUACACCUGAUAAGACAACAAAAAUCACUGAUGAGAUUCUAGAGGGGAUUACACAUGUUAUUGAUGAAUCUUUCAUUGGUGUAGUCAACACAUCAUCAUCACCAUUUAAGAUUUCUCAUGCAUCUUAUGUAGAUACACAACAGUCAGCAUCAUUUCCCAAUGAACCACAAAUAUCAGCACCAAAUGGAAUACUUGAAUUUCUUCAAAAAAUGAAUCGAACCAUCUGUAAUAUAAAAUAUGAUAUUAAUUCAUUAAAUGAGAAGGUUGACAAAAUGUAUGAUAUUAUAUUAUUGGAACCAAGUCGCUUUGAUCAUUCUUCUACAGAAAAAAAUACUGAAGAUAUAUUCCAAAUGGAAUUAUCAAAUCUUCCAUUGGAAACAGAAGAUGAGCUGGAGGAAUUUGAAAAAAAACUU